AUUGUCCAAACGGACGUCAGGGCUAUGGCCGACCUUUCUGAGGAGACCAUCGAGUCCUUCCCAGAGGAGGUACUGAGUUCCGGUUCAUUCAGCUCCUCUGGAGGACUGCAGCCCGGGCCUGGGGACUCGGGGAGCACACCUGAGAGCGGAAAGCCCGCUUAUCAAGACACACAGUCCGAGCUUUCAGAAAAGAGGUUUACUUGGAAAAGAAUCAGCUAUCUCAAGGGCAGAGAAACCAACUCUGGAGGGUACCAGCCGGACACUCAGCUUCCAACAGAAAUCACUCCGGUGUCUGAUGAACAGCUGAAUGCCCUGCAGUCUUUUUGCACCAUUAAGAUAAACUUGAUCCAUCACAGAGCAAAUUCUAAGGAGAAAAAGAGCAGCAGACAUAAAAAGCUGCCACUUAGACUGGAUGCAGAGGUUUCAGAGAGAGAUGCCUCACACUGUACUGUCCCCGAUGAGCUUUUGAACAGAAUCUAUUUAAAAAACACGAUGGCAACACUAAAAGAGGUGGCAACAGUUAAGCAGCACAUUUCUUCUAGAUGUCCUGAUUGUAACAGAAAAAGGGCAGAACUGGCUCAGUCUGCCUUCCUGAAACGAAAGAAGACUUUACUAGAGUCAUUUCUUCUCCAAGACCAAAUAGAUGAACAUCUUCACACUAAAGACUUUCUUACCCUUAUUGGAGAGGUACAUCGGGGCCUUCCCAGGCUUUCAGAUGACCCCAAAAUAAUCUGGAAAAGACUGAAUGAGAAAAGUCAGAAGAGAUGCCCAGGGUUUGAAAGGUCAGAUUCAGAACAGAAGAUAUUGCAGAAUGGAAAGAGUGCUUGUCAUUCACCGUUUGCUCUGCCACUUCUCAAACGGCUUACUCUAACCAAACAGGAGAUGCUGUUUAAUAAUAAUAGUGCAUGAUGUGGAGAGAUGUUUCUGUUGUGGAUUUGAAUAAUUAUCAUAAUUUCUGCAGGCGCUUUGGAAACUGACUUAAAACU